AUGUCGACAACGGCAAACGUUGUUUCAAUGCUAGCCACUAUAGCCACCGUCGGUACAGUCAGUUCCCCGGUAUUCACUGUGAGGAAGAUGGAACAGCAGUGUUCUGUAGGGAUCAUGACGCCAACCUUUUUUUGCGCCCAACUUGCAAAUACGGUUGUGUGGUCUAUUUACGGUGUUUUGCAACUUUCUUUUGCCAUCAUCAUAUGUAAUGUUAUUGGGAACGCCGUCGCAACAUACUGCUUGCUUGUCUUCCUUUCGGUUGCUCGGAUGGAGGAAAAGUCAGGAAAUCGACUUGUUAGUACAACAUACAGAAAGUCCUUGAUGACCAUUGUAUUUACUUUAAUUAUUAUACUCUGCUUAUCUACCAUAAUUGUCUUUCUUGCGUUUAUUUCUCCUCAAAGUGCCAGGGUCUUCAAUGGCGUUCUUGGAGGCUGUACCUCUGUUCUUAUGCUUGGCUCGCCCCUUGCCCUUGCUGGAACCAUUAUUAAGAAUAAGAACGCGGAGGGGCUGGCCCCAAUAACCAUGGCGUUUGGGUUAGCCAACACGGUGUUUUGGUUUUGGUACGGCAUUUUGGUGAAUGAUAAAUUUAUUAUGGUUCCAAAUUUUCUUGGAGCAGUGGCAUGCUUUUCUCAGUUUGUACUUCUUUUUAUUUAUGGGAAAAGACCUGGAGAGGCUGUUGCGGUGAAAACUGCCAUCGCUCCGCUUCCUUUCGUUGAGGAUUGA